AACAAACACCCCUAAAUUAAAUUUUAAAAUAACAAUUGGCAAAAACAAUCCAAACAAGCGGUUAGCUCAAACUUUGAAAAUGGAGACGAGUCAUUUCACGCACACGUACACACACUGAGCGUGUAUAGCUGUACAUAGUAUACGAGAGAAAAAUCCAAUACUGAAAAAUGUUGAGUACAAUCAAGUUGCAGCUGUCGUCCCCGUUGUUCGCCAACAAUUCCUAUCAAGUAACCGCCGGAAAAUUGGUCCCGCACUGGAGAUUUAGUAUCCGAUUGCGGCGAAGCCAAUUGGCGUCAAUUUCAGUUCAUUCGGAAAACGUGUCAUCAUCUGAGCCAUUGAUUACGUCAAUUGGAUCUUCAUCGGCGCCGCCUCAACUAUCUCAGUGGAACCUUACUCAACGCCAUGUGAAUAUCCUCAGUUUCAUUGCUUGCACGACCGCAAUUUCUGCAACUUGGCUGUUUGUCUCUGCAAUUCCAAUGCUUCUGGCUUUUAGACGAGCUGCAGAGUCACUAGAGAAGCUAAUGUAUGUUACUAGAGAGGAGCUUCCUGACACUAUGGCUGCAGUUCGACUAUCUGGUAUGGAGAUCAGUGACCUAACUAUGGAGCUCAGCGACAUAGGCCAAGGUUUAACACAAGGCGUUAGAAGCUCAACUCGAGCUGUCCACUUAGCAGAGGAAAGAUUGCGGCAGUUUUCAAGCAUGCCUCAAUCAGCAACCAUGCAGGGUCUACUAGUCCCAAUGGAGACCAGGACAGCAGGACCAGUUUUAGCCAAAAAGGCGAGGGACCUAAGGGAAGGGAUAGUUAAAAGUCGUCAAGUCUUGCAAAUGCUUCUCACCCUCACCCGGUAUUCCAGGAAGGUCUUCAAUUUCUUCAAAUCCAGGGCAAAGACAUAGAUCCAAGGAAAUCAAAUCUGCCUUUGGUUGAUAUUUGUGGUCCUUUUAUUGGUUGUGGUUGAAAGCUCACUUUCACCAAGUCCUAGGCUGUUAUAUGAUCAAAGUAAACUAGCAGACUUCUUUCUUUCUAUGUUCAUAUACUUCAGACUUUUGUCUAUGUUAACUUUCCCUAGUUCAUGGAUUUGGCAGGCUGAUCCAUAAUGUAGUUCAGCUGGAUCAUACUUUUGUUUAUCAAAGAAUGUAUAGGCUGAUCCAUAAUGUAGUUCAGUUGGAUCAUACUUUUGUUUAUCAAAGAAUGUACUUUUUCUA